UUCGCAGCGACUCUUCCAAAAAAAUCCCCUUUCAUCUCCCCACCGCUGCCCGUCCCCAUCUGCCGUCUCCCUCUUGCCCCUCGGCGACACCGGCCGGCGGCGGCGACGGACGGCAUGGAUCCAGAGUUGUGCCCCUGGUUAUCCCCAUCUCUCGCACCCGAUGAAGGCCUCCCCACAGGCGCUACAACACGAACUCCCCCUCAUGGCGGCGACGCCGCGGCAGUGCGGCGGCCGAUUGGCGCAGGAAAGUAUCACAAGUUCCUAGGUGUGCAGCAAUCGCAGAAGCAGUGGAGAACAAGAUCCUUCAUAGCUUCUUGGAGAAGGAGGAUUUCGGAGAGCAUGUACAACCAGAUGGCAAAGUCGAUGUUAUCAUUCACUGACUGCCGCCUUCAUAGGAAAAUCAACGAGCAUGUUGCUGCAGCUUAAAGACUUAAAUACUUCUGCUCCUAGCUAGCUAUAAAAUUAGAGCAGAUACAUGUAUAGGUAUAGUAGCAUCUGUUGCUUUAAGUUAAAAGUCUAAAGUUAUUUUAAUCUUGCUUGCACAUUAUUAGAAGGUAGUUGGAAAAGGCAUAUGUCAUUAUUUUUAGGAGUUGAGAAACUACUUGUCUUCCUAUCAUGGCUGCAAGCUGAAUGUAAGAAACUAGCAAUAGAUUGAAAUUUGCGAGAGCAGAUGCAUUGUUUGGUGUAU